AUGAUGUUCCAUCCUCCAGCUCCAGGAGUGGUGUUCAAUCCUUCUGAUCGGGUGAUAGUUUCCUUUUUUCUGCCCAAGUUGAUGACUGGUGAAGGGAUCGGCGAACUUAGCUACCUCAUUGAAUUUUGUGAUCUAUAUUGCAUCAAGCCAGCUGCCCUGUUUGAUGUUAACAAAGGCUUUCUUCCGUUCGUCAAACCCAACCAGCGUUUCGUCUUCACCCAUCGUCAGAAGAUUUCUCAAAAGAAUGCAAAUGGAAAACGACCUAGAAGGGUUCUUGACAGUCGAGCAGCAGGAGUCGGUGGAUUUUGGAGGUCUUCAACAGGUGAGAAACCUAUUCUUGAUGAACAAGGAGAGCAUGUUAUAGGGUACGUGAAUACCCUUAACUUCUAUGAGUGCAAGGGUGCGAAAACGAAGUUCAAAGGAUGCCAACAAAACUAG